AUGAACAGAAAGGAACCAGGAUCUAUGCUAGUGUUUGAUCCUAUUGCGGAUUUUUCAUCAGUAAAUUUAGUACGAGGAAAGCCUUCAAGUCCGAGCUCUACCUUUUUCAAUGGACAGUCUGGCUUUGCAAAUUCAAGCCUUGCUAAUGAUGGAAUAUGGGAAUCACACAUGAAGCUAACUACAGGUCGGUUUAUGUGCGCAACUACUAAUUCAGAGCAAAACAACUGGUGGAUGGUUAACUUGGAGCAUAUAUACAUUUUGUCGAAGGUUGUCAUCUUGAAUAGGAGUGACUGUUGUUCGAAUCGUUUGAGCAAGCUUGCUAUCACUGUUGGAGAAACAGAAAGUAACAUGCACAUGUGUGCAACAUAUGACGGUCCUGGAGGUAAGGGAGAACUUGUGAACAUCACCUGUCAAACAUCGGUGUCAGGGCAAUUUGUAAAGAUACGUCAGUCAGACAGCAGUUAUCUACAACUAUGUGAAGUUGGCGUAUAUUGCUAAUGAAAUAACACAUAUAAAAUCUCACAACAAUGAACAAUGA